AUGAUCCAGACUUCACGCCCUCGGAAACAAGAUCCAGUUUCACGCUAUCACUCAUAUCAGCGAUCCUGGCUGUCAAAUCAGAUCCCUGGUGAAGAUGCCAGACGAGCAUUACGUUGGAAUGUCAAAACGGCCAUGAUGUAUCGAGAAGUCCCAGUACUGCAGCGCAAUCUGAGCGAGGUCACACGGUUGUUUGGUCCACGUGUAGCAACCAUGCUAGCGAAAGAGCGUCAGCGGAAGCUGAAGGCGUUGAAUGACGGAGCGCACAGAAUCCGUCAGGCCACGCACCGACUCGCGUCACACCACAAGUGCAUUCGUGAAGCCCAAGCCGAAUCGAUUCCGGAUUAG